GCAUAUUAUAUACAAAGAAAGCUAAUAUGGAGGAUCAAGAACAUAUCAUAGUCAGCAUAAGCGGCACAAAGUUUGAAAUCUCAAAAGACACAUGGAUAUCUAUAGAGAGUAACCUACAACAGAAACACGGCUUGAAGGAAACCUCUAAUCUCUAUAAGAUAACAAAAUCGGGUGACCAUUUCUUUGAAAGGCAUCCUAUUUGCUUCCCUGCAGUGUUGGGAUAUUUCCAAAACAGGGAACUACAUAUGCCGUCUUCUCUGUGUCCUUCUGAAUUCAAUGACGAGCUGGAAUUCUGGGGAAUCAAUCCGGAAAAAAUGGCAAAAUGCUGCUACAGUCGAUAUGUUGGCUUCUUUGACGACCAGAACGUUUUGAAAAUCUUGGAAACAGACCAAGCCGCCAGGACAAAUGAAAAAUUGGAAAUCGCGCGAAGACAACACGGAACAGGAUGGCGAGCUCUUGAGGCGAAAGUGUGGAGUGUCUUAGAGGAGCCAUCUUCAGGCACUUUAGCUAAGAUCUACUUCUACGUCAGCGCUAUUUUUGUCAUCGUCUCCAUAUCAGCGCUGGUUUCAGGAACACAUAAAACGUUCAAGCGACCUCUGAACUUGGCGGAAUGGCGGGAGUUUUUUGGAGAUGAUUUCUACAAGUACAAGGCCCACUUCGACGGAAGUGACCUCACUAACAUGACAGUACCUCCGCUUCCAAAGACAGGUACAAGCCUCGAUUUUCUCAUGUAUUUAGAAUAUGUGACUGUCACAUUUUUCACAAUUGAACUCGUCAUUAGGAUUAUAUUCUGUCCCUUUAAGAAGAAAUUUUUCAUUUCUUUUCUCAACCUGGUUGACAUUUUCGCUCUGUUGGUAAUGUAUUCAAAAUACGUUGUCAAUGCGAUUAACCCUAAGGACAAGUACCAAGCGUCUGUCUUUGACAUCGUCCACUGUUUACAAAUUGUCCGAGUGUUCCGUCUCUUCAGACUUGUCAAGAACUACAUCGGGUUCCGUGUCUUGUUAUACUCCGUGAAGGCGAGUGCAGUGGAAGUGAUGCUCAUGUCCAUGUUCCUGGUGGUCGCAAUGCUUAUGUUCGGCGCAUUCGCCUUCUUUUCGGGGGACACUGUGUUUGAGAGUAUACCUGACGCCUUCUGGUGGGCUAUCAUAACCAUGACUACUGUUGGAUAUGGGGAUGUCUAUCCGACCAUUGGUCUGUCGAAACUCGUUGGGGCCGUCUGCGCGGUCACUGGGGUGUGUCUCCUCGCUGUCAUUAUUCCAAUAUUUGUGAAUAACUUUCUUCUGUUCUAUGCCUACUCAAAAGUUUGGGGAUCAUCCACAAGUGAAGAUGGAAAUGAAAAGAGGAAAAGCAUAGCAAGCGUUUCUCCGAGUGAAGUCAAUGUCACCUCAUCGGCAUCGUUGCCCGCAAAAACUGCAAAUGCAAACACUUAG